GUGCUCUCACACAUUUAACAGAGCUCCAGCCUGCACAUCUGCAUUUCUCCAGCUCCUGCCCUCUGCAUCUCACAGGCAUGGUUGCCCAAGUGACCAGCUCGCUGGUCAAGUGCCUGCUGAUCAUACUCGGACUCAUCUCUGUCAUCGUGAACAUCGUACUGAUCUGCUUGAACUCAAGCAGGCUUCUAAAAUGCCACCUCCAAGUGCAGGACUCCAUCGCAGCCAACCACACGGACCACAGCACGAUUUUUGCGGACCUCACGCCGCAGGAGUACCUCGCGGUCCGGGAUUACAUGUGGAACCAGAAAGAUUUGAAGAUUUCCCGUUCUGCAAUUGCAAAGCCAUCAGAAAACUUCCUCUUCUUGAUUGACCUCCUGCUUCCAAAAAAACAGGAUGCUCUAAAUUAUUUGGACAAACGUGGUCCCAAACCCCAGCGCAAAGCCACUGUGGUCGUGUUCUUCGGGCAGUCCUCCUAUCUCAAGGAAUAUGAGGUGGGACCCCUGGAUGGUCACUUCCAUCACCGAGAUGUCACAAAGGAAAGGUACAAUGUGGAGAGUCUACCUUUCACAGCCAGGACGGUGACCAUCGGAGAAUAUGUGGAGCUUUUCAUAUUCCUAGAAUUACAAGUGUUCCGGAAGCUCGAGAAGGAGCUGAGAGAGAGCUUUGGCUACAUUCCAGGGAAGAGGAACCUGAACCCAUUUGAAGGGAUGCCCAGAGGACUGAAGGCAGGAGACCGAAAGACCUGGAUUUCUUUCUUCCGUGACGAAAGCGGGAUGUACAUUCAUCCAGUGGGUUUUGAAGUCUUAAUCGACCAUGAGAGUAAGAACUCGUCCGACUGGAGCGUGCUCAAGCUGCUCUACAAUGGAAAAUACUUCGAGACACUUGAAAGCUUCAAAAGGGACUAUGAAACAGGUGCAGUGACCAAGAUCGUCUACAAGGAGAUUCCGAACUAUGCCUCGCUGAAACCGAGAAAGAAGCCCACCGGCUUGAGUCCGCAGCAGUCUUACUUGCAAGGGAAAAGGUUCAGCGUGAAAAACAACCAGGUGAUUUACAUGGACUGGACCUUCGCCUUCGGCCUGAGCUCGCUAACGGGAAUGCGCGUGUUUGACGUUCGCUUCAGAGGGGAGCGGAUCGCCUACGAGAUCAGCGUCCAGGAGGCCAUGUCCGUCUAUGGGUCCAACACACCUGGCAUGGCCCUCACAAAGUUCCUUGACUCAAGCAUCGGAAUUGGCCGCUUUGCACACGAGCUGGUGAGGGGUGUAGACUGCCCCCAUGUGGCCACCUACGUUGACGUCUACCGUUACAUCGACACAAACGUCACGCAGCGCUUCCGCAAUGCCAUCUGCGUCUUCGAGUAUGAUGUUGGGCGGCCGCUCAGGCGCCACUUCUCAGACUUCUUCCACAACAGCUAUGGCGGCAUGCCCAACAGUGCCCUCUACAUCCGCACCAUCACGGCCAUAGGAAACUACGACUACAUAUGGGACUUCAUCUUCUACCAGAGCGGCUCUGUGGAGGCCAGGGUGCAUGCCACCGGCUACAUAUCCUCAUCCUACAAGGUGGACGGAAGCCUCAGGUACGGCCACCAGGUCGCGCAAAACGUGCUCGGAAACAUCCACACGCAUUUCGUCAACUUCAAGGUGGAUCUGGAUAUUUUAGGUGUAAGCAAUAACUUCCUGACGAAAGACAUGGCGUUUGAGGAGGUGACAUUGCCAUGGACGACUGAGCGGAAGGUGAAGGUACCGUACCUGGUGGAAAGUCAGAGCAGGACGGAGAAGGAGGCAGCACUGCGUCAUGGCGCUAAAACCCCCCGCUACCUCCAUGUGGCCAGCAGUCUGAAGAACCGCUGGGGUCACGACCGCUCUUACAGGCUGCAGUUGACCAGCUUUGCUGGAGACCAUCUCCCUGAGAGCGAGCCGGAGGAGAGGAGCAUGUCCUGGGCUCGGUACAAAGUUGCCAUAACGAAGCACAAAGACAAUGAGCCGACCAGCAGCAGCCUGUACGGUCAGAACUACAUGUGGGAACCUGUGGUAGACUUCAGCAAGUACAUUGAGGAUAAUGAGGGCAUUGAGAACCAGGACUUGGUUGCCUGGGUAACCGCAGGCUUCCUCCACAUCCCACAUGCAGAGGACAUCCCCAACACAGUUACUGUAGGCAACGGUGGCGGCGUCCUCCUGAGACCGCACAACUACUUUGAUGAAGAUCCGUCCAUUCACUCGCCGGACGGUGUGUACUUCACGCCUGGCUCGGAGCACGACUGUGAGUACAACAAGGUGGCAUGUUUAGAGAAGGAUCUGUGCAGUCCAACACUGGAGCCCUACACCUACAACGGCUUUGAAGGAGUCAUGAAGUUCGAGGGGUAACUCCUGUUGUGAAUAGUAGCUGUAAGUUAAGGUGAUUGGACAUUUCACAGCUCAUCUGAGCGGCUUCGUCAGUUGUGAUCAGACGUCUUCCAGAUGAGAGCAAUGAUGUUAUUCACGAAGACUCCCCCCCGUACCAGAAUCCGCAGUCGAUCAGCCAAAAUAUGUUUGGUGCCUCAUUAGUGUUGCCCUUCAUUAGCUGCGAGGCUAAUGUAGCAGUAAUAAAAAGCUUAUACACCCACCAAUUAGCAUGCUUAGAUCAUCACAUUCAAACCUUGAACCGUGUGGAGUUGUUCAGUAUCUCUGAUAGACUUGAUUAUGUGGUUUCUGACACUGUAUCACUUAGUCUUAUCUGUAAACAUGGACUUAAGUAGAGACAAAAUUCAAACUUGAAAGAUUUCAAGAUGGCUCUUAAUACUGUUUUUAGCUAUGUACAGCUGUGACCGCUGGCUCAAAAUCCCCAGAGUUUGGUGGAAAGAAUAAACUGUUAGCCAUGUAAUAAACUGAACACAAGAAAUGUGUAAGAUCUCAAUUAAAGCUGCACUAUGUAAGAUAUUUUGGUAAAAAUUGAAAUAAGUAGCAUCCCUGAGUCAGGAGGGAAAACACUCUCUAAAGUGCAUGCGAUGCCGCAAGCCAGAGGCGUCAGGCUGAGAGUUUUUCAGGCCACUGCACGUCUUUACCAUCAUGCACAGGCUCAAAACAGAAAGUCCAGCUCGAUGUUCAGGUCUCAAACACAAAAUCAACGUUAUACUGAUGAAGAUAUGAUGAAAAUAGUAGAUAAUUCACUUACAUUCUCAGAAGACAAGUCCUUUAUCAGGUUUUGAGUUCUCUUUGAAUAUUCUUUCAAUCAUCAGAUUCAUCCUCUCGGGGAAGGGGAAAUUACACAUUUCCACCAGAGAGGUCGCCAAAGCCCCAGAAUCUUACACAGUAGGUGCGCUCCAAAGCCUGGGCUGCAGCCGAGGCAGGGCGGGUCCUCGGGAGGACUGUCCUAUGAAGACUCUCUCCUUAGUAGCCUAUUGGUCACACAAAUGGAACAGUCCUGUGUCGUGACAUCACCAGUAAAAGUCCCGCCUCUUGAUAUUGUGGCGCAGAACUUGUGAGGGAACUGGUGAGAGAAAAUGGAGCCCGGUGCACUGCGUUUGUUGCUAUGGUAGCUAAUACACCAACAAGCUUAUGUAGCACAGUAAACUACAUAUAUACGAAUAUUUCUGAUUAAUAUAUGAUAUGAAUAUGGAUGAACGGUUUGAUCAAUCAUUUUACACUCCAUAAGGUAACGAAGACAAAUUCAAGGAUGUGAACAACUUGCCUUUUAAAACGAGCUCUACUCCAACGGCACCGUUUUCCGUCAUUUUCGUUGUGCUGUUUUUUUUUCUUUGCACCGUUCAUACGCAGAGUAUUGUGGGUAACCGAAGGCCUCAAAGGACACAUCUGAUGCAUCCUUAAAAUCACUCAGAAUGUAGGCUGCAUUUCUAAGCUGCCUACGAAGGGUCACUUUGGAACGGCCUUCUAUGACGUAGAGGCCAAGAAAUGCCUACCUCGGCUGCAGCCUAGCUUUGAAGCACAGCUAGUGAGUUUAGAAGACUUGAGCAUUACGAAAGAAGAAAGGAAUUGUUAACCAAAACGCUGCCAUUGAAGCUGCAUCUGCACCGCUAUGGCGAACAAGUUGGCAGCCAUCCAACGCUGGAAUAGCCAGGUGAUAUGGGACCCCAGACAACAAUAUGUCAAACAGUGAAAGGUGUUUUAAUGUUGCUAACUAAUCAUUCAGAAUAGCUGCUGCUACAGCUUUCAGCUACACAAAGUACUGUUAAGUGUAAAAUUCAAUUACUUGUUAGCUAUACUAGCCUCAAAACUAAAAAAAAAUCCAGCUAAAAACUAAAGCAGCAGACUUCGGGCACCAAACAUGUCUUGGCUGAUCAACUAUGUUUGGGGGUUGACUUCAACCUCUUUGGUAGGCCCAGACUUUAUUACACACUCUUAUAAUCUAAGAAUAGCUCAGCCAGUUUGCAUUGAAGCCCCUGUAGCUACUGAAGAAUAAGCCUUAGUAUGUAAUAAAUCUGGGAUCUUAAGGGGUGAAACCAAAAGUGCAGUCACCUUGAUUUGUAUUACUAGGCAGUUCAAUGAGCCACAUAAUUAAAAGCCUUCUGUUAAACCCUUUUUAGUCCCUUUUACUCUUUUUAACCACAAUAUUAAGUCCAAUACUUAAGUAUUGUGAUUGUAUAUUUGGUACAUUUGUAUUGUUUUUGUUUGUUUGUGUGGGGUUUUUUUCUAUAUUGUUUUUUUGUGAUAUCAAUUAUUAAUACAGUUUUCUCUGUAUUAUUUUAUUAUUAAUAUCAAAUGCACUGCAAAGACACAGACUCUUCAUUAACUCUGUAUUCAACACCUCGUUAGUGAUAUAGCUUUACAUAGCUGUGUAGUCUGCAGUACUAGUUUGUGGAAGAUCAUCCAAACCCUGCCUCUGUUUCAUUAUGAGUUUCUGUACAUUUAAUUAGUACAUACUGGUUUAUGCAGAGGAUUUCAUUAUGGAGAAUUUUAAAGGGCCCAUAUCAUGGAAAAACUACAUUUUCUUGACUUUUGUAAAAUAAAAGACUUUGUAAACCCAAAAUUUCAUCACACUCGCCACGCCCAUUCAUUCACACUGAAGUUAUAAGGAGUGUUUCAGCCUGACUGCUUUUUUUGAAUAAGGCACAGUAGAAUGGAGCCAAUCAGAAUAGAGCUAAUUUACAUAUAUCACUCUUAAAGGCCCAGUCACAAAAACAGACCGUUUAAUUCUAAGGGAAUAAAGAGAGGCUGGAGAUGCAUUAUUACAUUAAUAUUAAUUGAUAUGGUUAAUUUAAACAUGAAUUAUGGCUGUUUUUGUAAAAACGCAUUUUAAAUGGACCUCAGGGAAAAAAUAAAACACAAAAAAAGGGUAAAAUAUGGGCCCUUUAAACCAAAUGUGAUCUCAUCUGAAGCAGAACCUACUGUAAAAUCCUACAUUCGUGUAUUGUGUUACUGUUGUGGAGUUAUUUUCUUUGCUCUGCUGCAUUUACCACCUUUCUAUUCUACAGUAUUUCAAAAAAAAAAAAAA